GCGGCGCCUCCUCCUCCUGCUGCUGCCAGCCCGUGCCAGGCCGCCCCCUCCGCGUCCCGGGUCCUCCGAGAGGGGCCUCUCCUGCCCCCCGCCCCCCGCCCCAUCUGGGGCACCCAACCGGGUCCUUUUCCAAGCGCCCCCCCCCGGCUCGACCCCCCCCCAUCCCCAUUGGCACCUGACCCUGUAACGUGGGGGGCGGGGGGCGAGGGGCAAUAGGAGCAGGGCCGGAUUGAGGUUGGAUGAGGCCCUCAGCUCCUGAAGCUCUCAGAGCCAGCCCAGCCCCCGGGGCCAUGGAGAAGUUUGGCAUGAACUUUGGGGGCGGCCCCAGCAAGAAGGACCUGCAGGAGACCAUCGAGGUGCAGAAGAAGCAACUGUUGCAGUACCAGGGGCGCCUGAAGGACGUGGUGAGAGCCUACAAGAGCCUUCUCAAGGAGAAGGAGGCGCUGGAGGCCAGCUUGAAGGUCCUGUCGGUCUCCCACGAGGUGGAUGCCGGCCUGGGCAGCGAGGUGGCCCAGCCCCCGGGGGUGGCCGGCUCCUCCAGCCCGGACCUGAGCGAGGACCAGAGCUCGGUCCACAGCGAGGACAGUCAUGGGACGGCUGCCAGCCUGGCCAGCGUGAGGGGGGACCUGGUGGGCACAGAAGACGGGGCGGCGCCAGUGGGGACUGCAGCCUCUCCCUCGAAGCUGGAGGAGACCAGCAGCUCCGAGAGCAGUGGCGUGAGCUCCGGCAGCGGGGAGCUGGUUGCGGGGGGCGCUGGCGAGUCGGACAGGAGGGUCCUGCAGCUGAAGACUCAGCUGGCCACGCUGACCAGCGCCCUGGCCACCGUCACGCAGGAGAAGUCUCGGAUGGAGGCCUCCUACCAGGCCGACAAGAAGAAGGCCAAGCAGGAAAUGGAGAGCGCCAACCGCAGAGCCGAGGAGGAGAGGAGCCGGCUGGAGGCCGAGGUCAAGGAGGCGCAGGAGCAGCUGGCCGAGGUCAAGGCGCGCCUCAUUGCGCAGCAGCACGACCGGGCGCAGGAGCAGGGCGACCAUGCCGUCAUGCUGCGGGAGCUGCAGCGCCUGCUCCAGAGUGAGCGUGCCCUGCGCCAGGAGGCGGAGCUGGGCCUGGAGGAAGCCCGCGAGGCCCUGGCCGGGAAGGCGGGCAUGGCAGACCGGGCGGAGGCGGCUGAGCACCAGGCCCGGCAGCUGGGCUGCGAGGUGGAGGAGCUGAGGCGGGAGCUAAGGGCCCUGCGGGAGGAGAGCUCCCAGCCGGACCCGCAGGUGCAGGAGCUGCAGGCCGAGGCGGCCAGCUUGAGGAGCCACUUCCAGGCGCAGCUGAUGCAGGAGAUGCGGAAGACGGCUCAAGCGGAGGAUCGGAUCCAGUUGGAGGAGCAGCGGGUGGCCGGCUUGGAGGCCCAGAUCUCGGAGGUCUCUGAGCUCCUGGGCACCUACGAGAAAGCCAAACAGAAGGACCAGCUGGCCAUCCAGAAGCUGAAGGACCGCAUCGCCCAGCUGGACCUGGAGAACAAGACCCUGGCCAUGGCUGCCUCUGGCCGCUCCCCUCUGGACGUCGUGGCCUUUGAGGGGAGCAGCCUGGACGUCAACGUCCUGAAGGACCGCAUGGAGAAGCUGAAGGAGAUGCUGCAGGAGGCCACCAAGGACAGCCCGGCGUCCGCCCGGGAGAUCGAAGCCUUCUGCAGGCUGGAGCCUCCCAAGGGCGGCACGGAGACGGGGGACGGCGAGAAGGCCACGGCGGCCUACUACCAGCAGGAGCUGAAGCAGCUGAAGGAGGAGUUUGAGAGGUACAAGCAGAGGGCCCAGGUGGUCCUCAAGAACAAGUCGGCCAAGGACGGGAGCUUGGCCAAGGAGCUGGAGGCGGCGCAGGAGCAGCUGGCCGAGCUGAAGGAGAAGCACGUCUCCGUGCGGCUCUCCUGCGAGGAGGGCGCCCGGCAGCGUCAGCAGGAGGCAGAGGCCUGGCGCCAGGAGGCGGCCCGCCUGCAGCAGCAGCACCGGCAGGAGCUGGAGAGGAGCCAGCUGGGCUUCCAGGAGAAGGUCCUGCGCCUGGAGGAGGAGAUGCACAAGCAGCGCGACCGGGCGCUGGCCGUCCUGGCCGAGAAGGACCAGGAGCUGGAGCAGUUGAGGGCCCUGGUGCUGCCUUACUACGGGCUCCAGGGGCCCAAGCAGGGCCUGGCCCAAGCGGGAGGGCCCCGGAGCGGGGACCCGAAGGGGGACGAGGGCGGCGACGUCUCCCUGGAGACCCUCACGCAGGCUUUGCACCUGGCCGCGCCCAAGGAGCCGGCCUUCCUGCUGUACACGGAGCAGUUGGCCAGGAAGGAGGUGGAGGCCUCGGCCCUGAAGAAGCAGAAGCGCAGCCUGGAGGCGGCUGUACGGCAGCUGCAGGAGAGGCUCCUGGAGGAGGCCGAGCGGCACCGGGAGGAGGUCUCCGGCCUGCAGGGCCGCCUGCAGAAGAGCGCUCGCGACCAGGGUAGGGAAGGCGCCAACCUGGAGUACCUCAAGAACAUUUUCUACCGCUUCCUGACACUGACGGACUUGCUGGGGCGGCAGCAGACGCUGACGGCCAUCUUGACUAUCUUGCAUUUCAGCCCGGAGGAGAAGCAGGCCGUGCUCAGCCACGCGGGGGGUGCAGGCAGCUGGUGGCCCUCGGGGAAGAGGUGAGCCCCCUGGGCUGCAGUGGGGCUGGCUGCUUUGCCCAGAGGGUGCCCCUGUGCCAAGGAGGAGGAGGAGGAGGGAGCGGGGCUGGCAGUUCCUCUUCCCGCACCUGUGGGCUCUUGGCGCCUUUCUGCUGCCAGGAUCCGCCCAAGAGCCAUUUCUUAAAAGGGACCACGAUCUGGGAGAUGGGGAUUUUUAAUCAAAUGGGGUUUUUUUGGGGGGGUGUCUUCUUUUGCCAAAUGGGGGAAUUGUUGAAGGCUGCCUUUGGGGUUUCCUUCUUCCUGCCUCUAAAGCUUCAACUUGGUUUGUGAUCUGCAAAUAAAAAGGACCAGCAACCAGA